AUGUAUCGGAAUGCACUUCGCCACUCCGGCUUCCGGGCGGUGGCUCGGACACAAUCACGUACAAAUGGAUCAUCUCAAUGGGUACGCCACGCCAGCGGCUCACCAGCCAAGAGCGGCGGCGGAUACGGCAAGAUGGUUGGGCUGACGUCGGCCUUUGUGGUAUCGGCCGGCGCUGCAUGGUACUUCUACGGAAAUACCAAUCAAGAGGAUUUAUCAGAAAAGAAGAAAGCAGCCGCCGAGAAACCUGCAACCGUUCCCAAGGGGCCAGUGCCCGCUGAACUGAUGGAAGGGCCUGCCGCAAAUUUGCAGGUCGAGCGGAGCUGGGAGAAUCCUGGAGUCUACGCUUGGGGAUCCAACUCUGGCAAGGUGGUGGCUCCCGAUUCGGACGAGCAAAUCAUCAAGACUCCCACUAGGAUCCCUUACUUUGACGGGAAGAUCCUGCGAGACCUGAAGUUGGACAAGAAUUUUGGAGUGGCCGUGACUGAGGAGGGUGACAUCGUUCAGUGGGGUACAGCCUACUCGCCAACGAUCACAGCACCAGCUCUUACUUUAAGGGGCAAAGAUAUUGCAAAGGUUGCCCUAUCCAGCGACCGAAUUAUCGCGUUGUCUAGAACCGGCGCCGUCUACUCAUUACCCGUUGCCCAGGCGGACCAGCUUGCCGGAGCCAAGGCUAACGCGAAGCCAGGCUUCUCCUUAUGGACCCCUUCGUCAGACUCUAUCAACUACAGGGAACUUACUCCGCCGAAACUGGGUUGGGGUGAGAAGGUGGUGGACAUCAAGAGCGGGCUGGACCAUUGCUUGAUGUUGACCUCACAUGGUCGUGUCUUUUCUGCCGCCUCCAGCACUGCAAACUACCCAUCCAAGGGCCAGCUCGGGAUUCCUGGUCUCACCUGGCUCACUAGGCCUAAGGGACCUUUCGAUCAGCCACACGAAGUCAAGGGACUGCCACCCGUGGGUGUUGCCCAGAUUGCUGCGGGCAACUACCACUCUUUGGCCCUCGACAAGAACUCUAACCUUCACGCUUGGGGUGACAACUCUUCCGGCCAGCUUGGUUUCGAGGUCAACCCACAAAGCCCUACUAUUGACGCUCCCAAGGCUGUACCCCUCACUCGACUUUUGACCAGCGGUGGAGUCCGGAGGUCCGAGAUCACCUCGAUUGCAGCUGGUGGCUCAAAUUCAUUCUUUACCACGUCCAGCAUACCGGCUAACGGCCGCCCAACGGCAGAAGCCUGGUCCUGUGGCGCCGGACUCCAGGGAGAAUUGGGCAACGGCAAAUGGAUACACGUGUCGACUGCGCCGGGCAAGAUGAAGGCCUUGUCCGGCAUGGCCGAGUACGACGACAAGACACAGCAAAUGGUGCCAAUCGGGAUCAGGGCGCUAUCAGUUGGAACCACACACGCCGCCGCGGUUAUGGAUAACCUUACAUCAGUCGUCGCGGCGCCCGGCAGUGGACGCAACUGGGGAUCCGACGUCAUGUGGUGGGGUGGUAACGAGUUCUACCAACUCGGGACGGGCAAGCGCCGCAACGUGAGCGAGCCGGUGCGCAUUGCGCCUCUGGACAACGCCAGGACCGGAAACCCCGCCGCCGCCGACGGACAGCGGUUCCAGCUGGCACCAGCCAAAACGACGCGCAUUGGCGAGGGUGGUCGGGGGCGCAAGGUUGGGCUGGAGCAGAGGAUCGAGUGUGGGAGGAAUGUGACGGCAGUUUAUUCUGCGACUGUUGCGUCGUCGUAA